AACAGAGUGUAGCAACCAACUGUAGAACUAAAUGUCACUCUCCACCGUUUCAACAGAAGUAGACCAGAGCGCAAAACCACAACUGGGCGGGCUGAGAUGUCCCUGGCCCCAGCAACCAGAAGAAGCCUUCAUGAAGCCUGAGGAACUGCCCAAUCUGAAAAUCCAGUCUUUGGUGAAUUCCCAGUUAGCGAAGCCGUAGAAGAAGAAUUUGAACUGCAGUAUGAAAAAACAAGGUAUGUUCAGGAGACGGCCGGCGUCGAGUUUUCGCGGCCGUCAGCGAACGGAGAGCAGCAGCAGCAGCAGCGAGGAAGAGGAGACGAAAGGAAAGGGGGAGCCGCAUCUUAUCUCUGACCAGGGCGAGUCGGCAGCUGGGGCCCAAGCCCUGGACGCCGGGUCGCAGCUCUCCGGAAACGAUGCGGUGGAGGCGCUGGCCGAGGGGCCACGGAAAGCAAACUCUCGCCCGGUGCCGUCGCGGGCGCUGCUCAGCUUCGGCGCGGAUGAGGAAAGAGAAGAGGAAGUUGACUUUAAGAUAAAAAAAGCAUCUGUCAAGACAAUAACAUUCAGAGCACAAAAGAAGGAAAAUUGGAACCCUAUAAGUAAAAAACCUGAAAGAAGCCAAGAAAUGAAGGGUAUUGAUCCUGAACAGAUGAGCAAAGAAGAUGAGCCUCUCUCUCCUGAUUACAAAGAUUCCAGUGAUUCAGUAUCUGAAUGCUCUUCAGAGGACAGUGCAGAUAAUAUUCCUGAUGCAGCUUUUAUCAAGAGAGCCCGCAGAAAACGUCAUUUAGCCAGGGCUCAAAGCAACUAUCUUUCAUUGAAUGUGUCCAAUGAUGCAGUUCAACGAAAAGAAACUGAAGAUGAAGAGACUGAGGAUGAGUCUGAUAAUAAGGGACUUGAGUUUGCUCCCAAGUUCAGAGCUCUUGGAGACAGAAUGAUUAAAGAUGAAGACAUUGAAGAAGAUGAAAUGCAAAAUGAAUGGGAAGAACAGCAAAUAAAGAAAGCGCUCAAACUUUCUCAGGGAAUUUACGCAGCUGUUCCUCUGUCUACCACCAAACAAACACAAACUAAAAUUGAUGCCUUUGCAUCAUUACCACCUAUAAAUACAGAAAUCGUAAAGAAAAGGCUCAACAGAAGAAUAGCUCUGUUACAAGACAUACACCGCAGCCACCAGAGAGAAUAUGAAAAAUACACUAAAGAUAUUGAAGACUCAAAAACCGCAGCCCAAGAAUUGGAGAAAUCUUCAAAUGCUGCUUCAAAUUACAAAUUUUACAGAGCUAUGAAAACAUAUAUUGGAAAUCUCAUAGACUGUCUGAAUGAAAAGGUAUUUCAUAUUAAUGAGUUGGAAUUGGAAAUGUACAUACUUCUCAAACAACAAGCCCAAAUUCUUUUGAAACGUAGACAAGAAGAUUUGAGAAAUGAAUCUUCUUAUAUUCAAUUAUUAACCAAGAAUAGUAAAUCAAGUAAUGGGUGCAUGGAAGAUGAUAUCCAGAAACUCUUGGAAGACUGCAAGGCUCGGAGGAGACACAGAAGAGAGAAAAGAGAGUGUUCUUACAAAGUUGACCACCAUGAGGGGAUGUCUAGUGAUGAUGAGAGACCACCUGAAGCAGCAGUUGACUUCCAAAAGAAGAAAAAUGAUAUCUUACAGAACUGCAAGAAUUUAUUUGAAGAUGUGCACAUGGAUUAUUGCACCAUUAGAAAUAUCCUGUUAAAAUUCCAGCAUUGGAAAGAUGAUUUUCCUGACUCUUACUAUAAUGCAUAUAUUAGCCUUUGCCUGCCCAAACUCCUAAACCCACUGAUCAGAGUUCAGCUAAUAGACUGGAACCUUCUUGAGGAGGAUUGCGUGAAUUUGAAAGACAUGCCAUGGUUCAGAGAUGUUAAAGAUUUUCUUGCUGGCAAAAAUGUUUCUCAGUUUGAAAGAACUGAUGAUCCAGAUGAAAAUAUUUUGGCUAAAAUCAUUGAUAACAUAAUUUUUCCUAAAAUUACAGGUUUUGUGGAUUAUGUGUGGGAUCCUUUGUCAACCUCCCAAACCAAAAGUCUAGUGCAGAUCUGCAAAAAUGUGUUUGAAGAAUACUCCUUCCUCAAAACAGAUUCCAGUAAAGCCAAACAGGAUCUGCUCAACCAUAUUAUCUCAAGAAUGAAGAAGUCGAUAGAAGAUGAUGUGUUUAUUCCUCUGUAUCCCAAGAGUGCGGUGGAAGACAAAACAUCACCACAUGCAACAUUCCAAGAUAGACAGUUUUGGUCAACUGUAAAGCUGCUGUCUAAUAUUUUGCUAUGGGAUAGCAUCAUACCAGAGGAUGUCUUACAAGAAUUGGGACUAAGCAAGCUCGUGAAUCGUUACCUCCUUUUGAUAAUUAUUAACUUACCAUCUGGACCUGAUAAUGUAGAAAAAUGCACCAAGGUGGUGGCAUGUUUGCCAGAAAGAUGGUUCAGGGAAUGUGAAGAUGGUUCUAGUCUGCCCCAGCUGUCAAACUUCAAUCAGCAUUUGUUGCAGUUGGCACGUGCAUUGUACAAAGAUAAUUGCAGGAAUGAAAUAAAGGAUGUGAUUCUUCUAUUGGCAAAAGUUAAAGCUUUGCAUAUUGCAGAUGACUUCCUUGAAGAAUAUCAAAUGGAACAUCUGAAAUCUAUUCUAAAUGUGUGAACAAGAUCAGAGAACGACAUUGUUUAAAGCAGAAUUAAGAUUAAUUUUUUAAAAAUGUAUUUUACUGGAAUUGUUUUCUACACUGCCUAGAGACCAAACUUGUAAAUAAUAAAAUUCCAGAAUAUUAAGUUGUAGGCCAUGUGGGCUUUAUUAUUUGCAUUGUACAACCCUACUGUCUUGGCAAAUCACAAUUUUUAACUAUUUGUUUAUAAGUGGUUUGAAAAUUAAAGAACUUAAAUUA